AUGGCAUUGGAACUUGUAGGUGGAGCUUUCUUAGAGGCUGGUUUUGCUGCUUUGCUUGGAAAAAUAGCAUAUCCUGCAGUAGUUGCAUUCUUUAAGAAAAACCAAAGCAGUGUCACCUUGCUCAAGAGGUUGAAGAUCUCUUUGUUGUCCAUUGAUGUUGUGCUCAGUGAUGCAGAGGAAAAACAAAUAACAAAUGCCUAUGUGAAAGAAUGGAUGGAGGAACUCAAAGAUGUUGUAUUUGAUGCUGAUGAUGUAAUGGAUGAGAUUUGUACUUAUGCAAAGAUGAGUGAGGUAAUAAUCAACAACCCUGAUUUUGUUACUCCUUUUAAUUUGCAUGAUGCUGAACUGGAACAGAAAGUACGAGACAUAAUUGAAAGAUUAGACUUUAUCAUAAAACAAAAAGAUAUGCUUCAACUGCAAAUGGUUAAAGAAGUUAAAAUCCCACCAAAGUUUCCAACUUCAUCAGUAGUGGGAUCAAGUGAUGUGUAUGGUAGGGAUGAUGAUAAAGAGGCUUUGAUGAAGUUGCUGUUUUCUGAUGAUCCGGAAGGUGAAUGUAAUAUCAGUGUGAUUCCUAUAGUUGGUAUGGGGGGAAUUGGAAAGACCACGUUAGCGAAGUUUGUAUACAAUGAUGAAAGAGUGCAGAGGGAGUUUGAUGUCAAAGCUUGGGUUUAUGUGUCUGAGAAGUUUGAUGUUAUCAAGAUUACGAAAACACUUGUGGAAGAGAUCACUUUGUGCAGUUGCAGUAUUGAAGAGCUGAAUUUACUUCAACGAGAUUUGAAGAAACGGUUGAUAAAGAAAAAGUUUUUGAUUAUCUUAGAUGAUGUUUGGAAUCAAAACUACAUUAAGUGGGAAACUUUGAAGAAUCCUUUUGUGUAUGGGGCUCCGGGAAGUAAGAUUAUAGUAACAACAAGAAUUGCUCAUGUGGCAUCAAUUAUGCAGACGGUUAAGCCUUAUUAUCUUUCAGAGCUGAGUGAUGAUGAUUGUUGGAUGCUGUUUUCGAAACAUGUGUUUGGAAGAUAUGCAAAUUCAAAUGCUCAUCAGAAUUUAAGAAAUAUCGGUAAAAAAAUAAUUAAAAAGUGCAAAGGGUUGCCUUUGGCUGUGAAGACACUUGCAGGACUUUUGAGAUCUAAAGAUGAUACAAAGGAAUGGUACAAAGUAUUGAACAGUGAGAUAUGGGAUUUGCAGGAUGAUGAGAGUAAUAUUCUCCCAGCUUUGAGGUUAAGUUAUCAUUAUCUUCCAUCAAAUGCGAAGAGAUGUUUUGCUUAUUGUUCAGUUUUUCCAAAAGAUUAUGAAUUUGAGAAGGAGAAGUUGAUAUUACUGUGGAUGGCAGAAGGUUUGCUACAACCACUGAGGAGACACAAGAGAAUUGAAGAAGCUGGAGAUGAGAUCUUUAGCGAACUAGUGUCUAGAUCGUUUUUUCAGCAGUCGAAACGCAAUAAGUCGUGUUUUGUAAUGCACCAUUUUGUGAAUGAUUUAGCUCAAUUUGUAUCUGGAAAAUUUUCUGUCAGAGUGGAAGGAAAUUAUGAUGAAGUGGAAGAAAGUGCUCGAUAUUUGCUGCAUUUGAUUGCACAUAAAUUCCCUGCCGCGCAUUGGAAGACUAUUAGCAAAGCUGUUCAUCUAAGAACCUUCAUGGAACUAAGGUUGGUCGAUAAAUCUGUGAGCUUUAUUGAUGAGGUUCCACAUGACUUGUUGAUCAAGCUAAAAUGUUUAAGGGUGUUAUCUUUGGAAGGCAUCUAUCUUAAAGGGUUGCCCGAUUCAGUUACCAAGUUAAUACAUCUUCGGUAUCUGGAUCUUUCUGGGGCUAAAAUGAACAUGUUGUGGGAAAGCAUUGGUGGUUUGUACAAUUUGGAAACUCUGAAGCUAGUUGGAUGUUCUAACCUACAACAACUUCCUAAAGACUUCCAUAAGCUGGUUAACCUGCGGUACUUAGAUAUUACUCGCACGCGUUUGAAAUGGAUGCCAUUGCAUAUGAAUGCAUUGACAAACCUACAAAAUCUAAGCGACUUUUUUGCAGGAAAAGAAUAUGGAUCUUCAAUUGCUGAGCUAGGAGAAUUAUCUGAUUUACAUGGAUCAUUGUUCAUUCACAAUUUCGAACAUGUUAGCUUUGUGGAUUCAGGAAAAGCCAUGUUGAGUAAAAAGGAAUUUCUUGAAAAGUUAGUUUUGGAGUGGAACGAGAAUGGUGAUACAGAUAAUUCACAGCAAGAAAAAGACAUACUAGACCGGUUAGAACCACAUACAAAUCUUAAAGAGCUUUCUAUAUAUAACUAUCUAGGGACAGAAUUUCCUAGUUGGGUGGGAGACUCUUGUUUUUGCAACUUGUUGUUCAUGGAUCUUAAGGGUAGCAAAUAUUGCUAUAAAUUACCUCCACUUGGACAACUUGGUUCUUUAAAAGAGUUACGGAUUGCUCAAUUCGACGGAUUAGUGAGUUUGGGAUAUGAGUUUUACGGGGAUGCAACUCAGAGCUUUGGUUCCUUAGAAACUCUUAGGAUUGAGAACAUGUCGUCGUGGGAGGAAUGGCAGCAUCCUAAUGAGGCUAACAAAGCUUUUGCGGUACUGAAAGAACUUCAUAUAAAUAGUUGUCCUAGAUUGAUAAAAGAUUUACCUAUUAACCUUCCAUCUUUGACAUUACUUGUCAUCAGAGAUUGCAAGAAGCUCGUUUCUUCAUUUCCAACAACUUCGGCUCUUCGGGUGCUUAACAUUGACAACUGCGGGAACUUAAAGUUCCCGGCACGUGUUUACCAGUUUCACCAGACACUUACAUCCUUGUACUUGCACAAUAGUUUUGAUUCACUUGAGCUAUUGGCUUUAGAUAUAUUUCCUAACCUCAAGUCCCUGGAUGUUUCUGGUUGUAAAAAUCUGAAAGCAUUUACAGUUUCAAGCACAAUGAGACUCCGUCGUCCAAUUCUUGCAUCGCUGCGUUCCUUGUUCAUAAGUAACUGUCCAAAGUUGGUAACCUUUCCAAUAGAAGGGUUCUUUGCCCCAAAGCUGGCGAUGUUGAAUAUUGACUACUGCGAGGAGCUCAAGUCCCUGCCACCAAAAAUGGAUCAGCUUUUGCCAGGCUUGAUAGAACUCCAACUAUGGAGAUGCCCUCAAAUUCAGCCAAUUGAGAAGUGGCCAUGUGAUUUAAGAUCAGUCAGAAUCUGGAACUGUGACAAACUCAUUGCCCGUCACUUAGAGUGGGAUCAAUCCAAUCCUCUCCAUUUUACAGACUUGACAAUGUCGGGGGCUUUCACUGUCAAAUCUGAAGAGUACUGCUCAACAAUUGCCAGUUCAACUCUUGGCUCUGGUAGGCGAGCACUAUCAAGCUCUUCUCAGAAAAAAUCAUUUUCUAAAAGAGUGUUCAGAUGA